CAUUUAAAGAACCACCAUCAAAGCCAUCACCACAAUCCUAACCUUGUUGGACAAACUGAAAUAUCUCUCUUGCUAAACCUUCUCUCUCUUCUCGCCUUGCAAUGUAAUAAAAGCAGGGGCUUCCGCCAUUGCCGCCGCCCAUAUUAAAAAUCCCACAUUUCCUUCUCUCUCCUAUCUACAAUCCUUAAAAUAUAAGCUCACAGUCGAUUUACAAGUCAUCGCUCCAUCCAAUUUGUGCAAGGCUUUAUUUUGGGCUCCAAAAAUCAGUAUGGGCACUUGCCAUACCUCAGUUGCGGAGGAAGCUUCAGAGCAAGUGAUACUAUACGGGAAAGACGAUAAAGCCUUGGGGAUUUGUUACUGAAUUUUGAGUCUCAGUUUUGUUGCAUAAUAAUUGAUUUUGUAUGAAUUUUCCUUUUCUUAGUGCUAUUUUUGGAUUUGGUGGUGCCAUUACUGUUGUUCAAAAUCGAGUUUUGAAGGAGAUGGGCAUUUGGGAUUGAAGAAAAUCAAGUGGGAUUUAAUCGAGGAAGAGAAAAAGCAGUAGGUUGCCAUGCAAGUUGUUUUUAUGUGACCAACUCACUCAUUUCACGCUUGAAUUUCACAUCCCACCAUUUUUUGACGCGGCCAGAUGUGCAUAAAUUACAAAAAAAUAAGUUUAGAGGGUCGCAGGAUCAAUUUGAAAAUAGAAGAGGUCACAGGACUUUUACGUGCAAGUUCACGAAGCAAUUUAUGUAUUCAGCCAUUUUUUUUUAUUGUAACUAAAAUUGAAAUUUAUGAUACUGGAAAAACAAAAUUGACUUUAGGUUACAAUUAAAAUUACCAGCAAAAUCUGGAGUUUGUUUAAUGAUUUAGCCUAAAAAGGAUUCAUACAAAGUUUAGUCCUUAUAUGGUAUAAAACAAUUACAUUUUACCUUGAAAAGUAUGAAAAUUUUUUUGUUUCGCAACCCAAAAAAGUUAAGAAAUUUUGUUAUGCCCACAAACUUUAUUUUCCGUUGUUUGGAAAUAAGGAAAAGGUUUUAAACAAAUCCAACCCAAAGCCUCAAACAGUUGUCUUUAAACACUGAGAGAGUUCAUAUUGGCCGGAAAAGUGAAGCAGCACCCAAAUUUUCAGGCCACACCACAAAAAGCGACAAACACGGGGCGGAGAAAAAAGAGGUUUUUUAGGGAUUUUAUUGGUUUGCAGAGAAUAUGACUGGUCUAACCACUGAACAGGUUUUGAAGGAUAAACAGACUCGCGACCCUAACUCCAUUACGUCUCUUUCGCUCACACAGAAAGCUCUCUCCGAUGUAUCUUGCUUGAAUGAGUUCAGCAACUUGGAGAGACUGGACCUCGCCUUCAAUAGCCUCACUUCACUCGAGGGAUUGAGUUCAUGCUUGAACUUGAAGUGGCUAUCAGUUGUCAAAAACAAAUUGCAAAGCUUGAAAGGAAUUGAAGGGCUUUCUAAGCUCACUGUGUUGAAUGCAGGCAAAAAUAAGCUUAAAUCAAUGGAAGAAAUUAGGUCACUUGUAAGCUUACGUGCUUUGAUCUUAAACGACAAUGAAAUUGUUUCCAUUUGCAAGCUGGAUCAAAACAAAGAAUUGAACACCCUGGUUCUUUCCAGAAAUCCAAUCCGUGAAAUUGGUGAGUCACUAGCCAAGGUGAACUCCCUCACAAAGAACCUUUCUGUUUUGCAGCUUUCUCUCUCAAAUUGCCAACUUCAGACCAUAGACUCAUCACUUAAGUCUUGUAUUGCACUGAAAGAGCUCCGACUUGCUCAUAAUGAGAUUAAGACUCUCCCGGCUGAGUUGGCUUAUAAUAAGAAACUCCAGAAUUUGGACUUGGGGAAUAACGUGAUCACAAGCUGGUCAGAUGUGAAGGUGCUGAAAUUCUUAGCUGAUCUGAAAAACCUAAAUAUACAAGGAAACCCCAUUGCUGAAAGGGAGAAAUUAACAAAGAAGGUCUUAAAAUUAUUGCCAAAUUUGCAUAUAUUCAAUGCUAGACCAAUAGAUAAAAGCACCAAAAAGGGAGAUACGGGCGAAGUUGAUGAUUUUUCAUUCAUUCCUAGUAAUGAGCUCGAAGUUACUAAAGAAAAGAAAAGGGAAUCUAUGAGCAGAAAUACGCUGUCCAAGCAUGAUAUGGGUCAAAGUAAAAGCAUUCAUCUUGAUAAUGUUAGUGAUGUUAAUAUGGAUCUAAGUAGAUUCUCAAAGAAGGAAGAAGUUCCAGUCCAUGAAAGGGAUGACAAUGUGGUUGAAAAGAAACUAAAGAGGAAAAAAUCACAGGACCAAGAUAAUAGUAAUAAUGAUCUUACUAUGGAUGAGUCAAAGCAGGAAAGGAAGAAAACAAUUGAGAAAUUACCAAAGAAAGAUGUUCAAGUCAAAGGGAACGAUAAAAACACAGUUGAAAAGCAACGCAAAAGUAAAAAAUCAACUGAGAAACUGGAUGAGCUUGAUGCAAUUGAUAAUGGGGAAACAUCAUUUGCAGACUUUUUCUCUGUUAAUUAUGUGGAAAGUUCGAAACAUAGUGUUGAAAAGAAACUGAUAGAUAAAGCUGGUGAGAACAUAAAUUCUACAGGUGGCUUGGUUACUUUGUCUGCAAAGAAAAAGAAAACUAAGAACCGAGUAGCUAAUCAUGCAGUCCAGUUGCCUGCAGAGGUUGAAGUUGGAAUGGGUGGGCCGUCAACAUGGGAUGAUUGAUUAUUUUGCAACAAUCUUUCAAGGCUCUUUGGGAUUCAUUUUUAAGCCAAACCAGUGAAAGGCUAUUCCUUCUCCAGUUCUGUUGCAAUCUUGCGUAUUAUACAUUAUCUGUAAUGCCUUCACAGAACUACCAAAAAUGUAUUGGAAUAUCCUGAUCUUUCAGUUUGAGCCAUUUCUGCUUGCAUUAUGAUGCCAUAUGAAUCACCAGAGUUGAACUUUUUGCAAUGCACUUUUCAGUUUACGAUUUUUUUCUGGAAUGGAACCUUUAUGGUCUGAAUACUGGAGAAUUUCAACUUUUCAGCUUGUA